AGCAGCUCAGUAAGAUUUAUUUUCAACUACAAGCAAACUCCUAGUAUUUUUAAAACAUUUGAAACAAAUUUCUUUUAAUUUUAAUCUUUUUCUUCCAGCUUAAUAACGCAGCAUGACUGAAUCAGAACUUAUAAUCUCCAAAAAUAAUUUGAUGAGAUAUUUCUCAAAAGCAGCAGAUGAAAAUAAUAGUUUUGAAUUAAAGGAAAUUUUUGAUGACUGCCUAAAACUUCUAAAACUAAUUGAGAAUACAAGUUUAUCUUCUAAUGAUAAAUCCUUACAGGAAGCCAUUUCUAGUUGUGUUAAAUCUUUAGAAAAAUGUACCAAAAUAGUAAAUCAUCUUGAUCUCUUUUCUUCCAAUGAAACCAUAGAAGAAGUUCAGACUUCAAGUUUAAAAUAUCUUAUCCUUCCUGCUUGUCUUGGAAGUUUGACUCUUAGUCUUGCAACCAAAGAAUUUGCAGAAAGAGUGGAAAAUCUCAGAAUAGCAGAAGUUUAUUUUAAAGACUUUCUACUCAGAUGUAAAAAUUAUGAGUUAAAUGUGUCAUCUUUAAAACAAUUUAAUGAUGAAUUGGAGAAUUCUGAAGCACCAAUUCAAGUAGAUCCAUCCACCAUCCGACAAAAUAAAAUACAACAAUAUAAGUUGAAAAAGGAAUUGGAAGAAAAGGAGAAGAAUCUUAGUAAAUAUCUUGAAAGAGAAGACUGUGAGGAAUACAUUAGAGAAUACUAUUUUGUGCUUUUGGAAAGAUGGAUAAUGAUAGCGUUAGAAGAAUUAGAAAAUAUUAAAAAGGAAAAAGAUGUUUUGAAAUCUAUGCCAGGCAGGGGAAACUCCACUGAUUUUAAUAAAAGGCCACCGCAAGAUAUUAGGCCGCUAAAACCGUUAAUCAUAACCAAAAAUGAAAUUCAAAAGAAAGUGUUUGGACUUGGUUAUCCGGCCAUACCUGUGAUGACUAUUGAUGAUUUUUAUUAUCAGAGAUUUCACAAUCAAAUUAAAAACCGUCCGACAGGGAUGUCACUGCAAGAAAAAGCUUUAAGAGGAGAAGAAUUGGAUAAAGAUUCUGAAGAAAUAGAAAAAGAAAAGCAACUGGACAAAGACGAUCCAAUCGCAUUAAUGAAAGCAAGACAAUGGGAUGAUUGGAAGGAUGAUAAUCCACGGGGAAGUGGGAAUCGACAUAAUAAAGGCUAAGAAAAAAGUGUUCCACAAAUUGAGAAUAUAAGAAGAUUGUUCCACAAAUUUGCACUUCUUCGCUUAUGUUUUCAGUGUAAAUAACAUUUUCAAAAAAAAAAUAAUAAUAAUUCAAUUCAAAAAAUUUGGUUUUUUUCUUAUACACUCAUGUAAAUAUUCACUUUUUUGUCAAUUAUUUUAUUUUGAGUUUAUAUUUGUCUUUCAAAAAAAAAAAAUUGGGGGAAAGCUGUAGGGCUACUGAAGUUAAACUUUUUUUAUGUACAGGAUGCCCAAAAAGUCUGAAACCAGUCAAUUGUCUGGAGAAAAGUUUAUUUAAUUAAAAAUUCAAAAUGGCAUUGGUUGCAUCAUCUGAAAGGGAAAUGUUUUCAAAAAUUGCAUUUUAUUGUACACCAUAUUUGAUCUUCAAACUGAGCCAAGGGUGGUAGAAAACUUCAAAAUCUUAAAUGAGUACCAUCAUUUUUUAUUGCAGAUGUGAAUUUUCCGGCAAAAAGUAUCCCAAUUUGAGUAACAGGAUGUUGCUUUAUAAUUCAUAGAUGGUGCUGUUAUCUCAAAAUAUAUUGGGUAAAAAAAUUUUAAUGAAGAUGCCUCGUGUCUGAUUGAAAAAUUUAAAUUGUGAUGUUAGAUGUUUUAAAAGCUAUCAAAUGAUUGCAAAUUUGACCUCCACGCCAAUACAGUCUCUUUCCUUUGGAGAAAACCCAGCUUUACUUAGGUAUUAUUGAGUUGAAAACCUUGUACACAUGUUUUCUUCAGAAAUUAGACUGUUUCCAUACUAUUUGAACACUGUAUAUAAUACUGUUUUACAGUAUUUAUUUUUUACGUGUGUAUUUUGUACUUUUCUCAUUCAUUGAUAAUUUUAAGUUAUUUCUACUGGCAAACCCCAACCAUUUUCGAAAUUGAUGUGGAGUAAUACUAAAUAGAAUUUAAUUGUUUAUGAAAAUAUAAUAGGACUGACAUAAUUUUUGUGAAUACAAAUUGUAAACUUUUUAUAUUGUAAAAACAAUGAUUUAUUGGAAUAAAAAUAAUGCAGCAUUUUA